AUGGCUGCUCUACCUGCCUCCUUUCAGCAUGCUAACAAGGCUGCUAUCGCCGCGGCUCUUGCUGAGAAUUCAGAAUCUAUUGGAGCAGACGUAGAGCCUGGUGAAAUUCAAGAAGUAGAUAUGCAAGCGCAGGCAGACGACAUUCGCACCGUCUUCAGUCACCCUACCAGCUUCAAUGUAAAGCAUCCUCUAUACUCACCAUGGACCCUUUGGUUCGAUUCCCCUGCUACUAAAGGCCGUAACCUCCCCCAAACUCCCAUUUCUUCCUUCCCCCAAACUCCCGUUCCUCAGACUCCCAGUGCUGCGGCUGCACAGGGAUGGAUGGAGGAUAUCAAAAGAGUUGUCAGCUUCGACAGCGUUGAAGAGUUUUGGGGCCUCUACAAUCACAUUGUACCUCCUUCACAGCUCCCCCAGAAAGCAAAUUACUACCUCUUCAAGGAGGGUAUCAUACCUGCAUGGGAAGAUGAAGCCAACAAGAAUGGAGGCAAGUGGAGUAUACAGCUGCCCAAAGAGAAGAAUCGCAGUCAGGUUGAUAAAAUGUGGCUUUACACUAUGCUUGCUGCUAUUGGUGAAACCUUCGAUCCUCAUCUUACAAGCGGGGAGGCAACUGAACCCAAUACUCAAUCGCUUAUCACCGGUGUGAUCGUAUCUACCCGACCGCAGUUUUACCGUUUAUCAAUUUGGACGCGCCUUGCGCCUUCUGGAGAUGAGGACAAGUUACGUGAACGCAUCGAGACAGUUGGACGGCACUUCAAGAUUAAUGUACUAGGCUAUCCCGAGACCCAAAAACUGGCCGGUCCUCUCGCAACCGAGGUUGAGUUCCUUUCGCACAAGGAUUCUGAGAAGAAGGGCAAGGCAGCGAAGAAGCUUGUCAUUUGA